AUGGCUUCUGAAAAGACAGGGUUGGAUGUUCUUCGGGCUCAAAGCCUGGUGGACUGUGAUACUUUGGAUGAAGACGUUGCGAAGAAGCUUGGUCCGUUUAAAGACUGUACUUCGAACCAGGCCAUCGCCUUUUUUGAACUAUCAAAACCAAAACACGAACAGCUGCUUGCAGAUGCUAUUCAUACAGCUGCGAAAUUUAUUGGCAAAGAGCGCAAUCCAGAAUACCACUACUUCGAGGGGGUCACCCUAGAAGAGAUAGCAGUCGAGAUCGCGAUGGUGAAGCUGGCGUUGAAGAUGGUUCCCAAUAUCAGCGGACGAGUUCACGUGCAGACAAAUCCUUACUAUGCGUACUCGACAGAAAAGACUGUUGCGAAUGCGUUUCGGAUCUUCUACUUUUUCAAAUUCCUCGAACCCAGUUUUGACGUAACCCAAAUCAGCAUCAAGAUCCCUAGCACUUGGGAAGGCAUGAUGGCUUGCCGCAUUCUCGAGAUGGCUGGCAUUCGGACUUUGGCCACGACCCUCUUUACCCUCACGCAAGCAAUUCUGGCUGCCGAAGUGGGCUGCACAUAUGUCGCACCAUAUGUGAAUCAGCUCAAGGUUCACUUUGAACCUGGAUUCACUGAUCCGAACAAGCUUUUUGAGCUUUGCGUCUCCAUCCAGCAAUAUUUCAAGUCGAUUAACGCAAAGACCCAGGUCAUGCCAGCGAGCUUAACGUCGACUGAAGAGAUAUUUUCCCUGGCGGGAGUGGACCACAUAACUAUCGCUCCUCCUCUUCUCGAGCAGCUUGCUCAACCCGGGUCUGUACCAACAACGCAGUCCUUCUUCGACAGAGACUUGUCGACUGUCGAGGUGCCCUCGAAGGUCUCCUUUGUGAAUGACCCAAGUGCGUAUCGGGUAGCAUUCUCUCGAGAUCAGGGAGGUGCCGGAGAGGAAAAGCUGACCCAGAACAAGCUGGAGGCCCUUGUCAAAUCGAAGGCUGGACUCUAG